GUUUUGUUUCUUAUCAUAUCGUGAUAAAAAUCAUUGAAAAUUUUAUAAUUUUUUCAUCAUCGAAAUCGAAAUUUAGAAUUUUAAUUUCAAGCUUGAAAGUUGAAACAACGAACGUGGUAUCGUUGGCGCGUUUCAAAAUGCAGUUACUGUAAUCCGCUAAUCUUUUAGAAACAAUCGUACGAACUUAUAUUGUUUUUCGCUCGGUUCAGUUUGCAUAUGCACGUAGCGGUGAAUAUCGAUACAUCAGAGGUGAUUUCAAUUUCAACGUACCUAAUUUCAUAGUUUUCAGCGUUGGCGAAAUAAAUACCGUUUCAAUCGCGAACAUGGGCUAUUCCAAUGUAAAAUCUGGUAAGCCCGAACUGAAUUUCGAAUCUUUGAAAGUUCGCGUCGACAGAGUUCACGUUGACGGACUCGAAAGGACGAAAGAUGAUUUCGUAGCGCAAUCCUUCAAAGACGUAUUCGGCGUGCAAAAUUUCCAACAAUUACUCGAAAAAACCAUAGAGUGUCGUUUGAAGUUGGAGAAAUUGGGCUGUUUCAAAUCGAUUUCCGUCAUCAUAGAUACCAGCGAGGGACCAAAGGCGACGCCGGGAUGCGGAUACGAUGUGACUUUCAAAGUUACAGAGCUGAGCAGAAUUACCGGUCGUAUUAAUACCGCCAUCGAAAAUAACCAAGGUUCCAUCGGAUUCGCCGCUCAAACGCCAAAUUUUUUGGGCCGCGGAGAAAAUUUCAAAUCGGAAAUCAAAUAUUCGCCGAGACAGAUGCAAACGUUCAAUACGUCUUUCACGAAACCACUGCUGUUCAACGACGGGUCGUUAUCUGCGGCGCUUUUCAAACAAACCACCGAAAGUCUAGCUUCCGGUUACAAACUGAACGAACACGGUUUGCAAUUCGGCCUUUCGUUCCUGUACGGCGGAAUUUUAAAUCAUAAGAUGGAGUACGAAGGAACCAUCCGCAAAGUGGGCGUUUUAAACAAAAAUGUAGCGUUUCCCGUACGCGAUAUGUCGGGUUAUUCGUUGAAAUCUUCGUUACAUAACCAUUUUGUUUUGGAUUCGAGGGAUUCGGUAGUUUUUCCCGUAUCCGGUACGUUAUUCCAGUUGAAAACAGAAUUCGCCGGAUUGGGCGGCGACAUAGGAUUUUUCAAAAACGAAUUGCUGUCGCAAGUCAACGUGCCGCUAGUAGCAGAUAUAAGCGUACAAGGAUCUUUCGGCGCUGGUCUCAUCACCAACACUACUAGAGAGAAACACUAUUCGAUAGUCGAUCGUUUUUUCCUCGGCGGACCUCUCACUCUCAGAGGAUUCCCUAUCAAUACGGUUGGUCCCAAAGUAGACGGUUACGCUCAAGGCGGAUCGCUAUAUUGGCUCAGCGCGCUUCACUUGUACACGCCGUUACCGCAUCGUCCUCAAAAAGGCACGUUCGGCGAUUCGUUUAGAAUACACUUAUUCGCCAACGCCGGAAACUUGUUGAAUUCUACCGGCAGCCUAAACGACUGCAUCCAAUCGCUCGGUAAAAAUUUAAGAUUAACUUACGGUAUAGGAUUAGUUUACCGUCUCGGUCAACUCGCUAGAGUCGAAUUAAAUUAUUGUAUACCGGUGUUUCAUCAACCAGACGAUAAAUUAAUAGACGGUAUGCAGUUUGGCUUGGGCGUUCAUUUCGUAUAGAAAACGUAAUUUAAAUCCGCGUGUGUUGAAGAAUCGCGUUCGUUUUAAUUAUUAUUUUAUCAUUUCGUUGAAUGUAGAACUAGAUGUACCGUGCGACGCGAAUAAUACAUAAUAAAAUGUUAAGACUUACGAUCCGAAAUGAACAUUCGCGUCGCGUCCGUAGGAAAACGAUUUUUGAGUAUUUCGAUUUCCUGGUUUUGUUUUUAUCCGUUAAUGAUGAGUUUUUUUUCUAUUGUAAUUAGACUGAAACGAAAUAUUGUACGUUGUCGAAUAAAUUGUUUUCUCAAUGAUCA